GACGCAGGUUGGUUGUUGCAGUCACGGUUGUGCGGAGUGGCACCGAAAGCUGCGGGGGUAGCCUGGCGGCUUGGUCCGGGCUAAGACUCUUACCGGUGGAGCUUCUGACCGGGACCCUGCCGUUAAGGCAGAACCGUGGCAAUUAGAUUUCAAUGUUUCUUGAAGUGAGGCCCGAUCAUGGUGGUUGAAGGUAAAAGGUUUUCUGGGAAAGGUAGAAAUGCACCACCUGAAAAGGGCAAAUUUAAAAAGUUCAGACAAUCUAAACGUUUUUCAUCAGAUUCUGACACUCCCAAAAAAUUCAAAGGUGAAAGUGGGAAAGGCAAAUCAAAAUUCAUAUCUCAAAAGUAUGAGAAAAAGACAGAAACAAUUAGUCCCAAGAAGUUGACAAAUGCUGCUGGAAAAGUGGAUGUAGUGAAGUUUAAGGGAAAGCAGCAGAUUGGAAAUAAGAGGAAGCAGUUGGCUGGAAAUGAAGAGGGCUCAAUAGGAAAGAAACCUAAAUGGGAUGAUUUCAAAAAGCAAAAGAAAGAACUAAAGCAAAACAGACAACAGGACAAGAAAACCAAUUAUGAUUUAAUUAUCCGCUCAAAGCAGAUCUGGGAAACUGUAAGAAGGAAAGACUGCAGUAAAGAGAAGAAAGCAGAACUAAUGAAAGAUUUGCAGAAGCUAAUCCACGGAAACAUUAAAAAUAUUGCUUUUGCACAUGAUUCUGCCCGAGUUAUCCAAUGUUAUGUUCAGUUUGGGGAUGAAAAACAAAGGCAAGAGGCCUUUGAGGAAUUGAAAGGGCAUUUGGUUGACUUAAGCAAGUCCAAAUAUGGCAGGCAUGUUGUGAAAAAAUUUCUAAUGUAUGGAAACAAGCAACAAGUCGCAGAAGUAAUCAAAAGUUUUAAAGGUGAAGUAAAAAAACUUUUACGACAUUCCGAGGCAUCCGCAAUUGUGGAAUACGCAUACAAUGACAAAGCAAUAUUAGAACAGAGGAAAAUGUUAACAGAGGAACUGUAUGGAAAUACAUUUAUGAUUUGCAAGUCUGUAUUUUGUCCAACAUUGGACAAAGUUCUCGAGUCCAAUCCUGAUAAACGAGAGGGCGUAAUGGGGGAAAUGAAAGAGAUCCUCGCUCCUAUGGCACAGAAAGAGGCGGUAAUAAAGCACACGUUGGUACACAAAGCAUUUUUGGACUUCUUCACGCACUGCUCAGAUAAAAUGAGAACGGAAAUGAUUGAAACAGUGAGAGAAGCGGUCAUCUAUAUGGCGCACACACAUGAUGGAAGCAGAGUAGCCAUGCAAUGUUUGUGGCACGGGACCCCCAAAGACAGAAAAGUUAUUGUGAAAACAAUGAAGACCUACAUAGAGAAAAUUGCUUCUGGUGAAUUUUCCCAUUUGGUUCUCAUGGCUGCUUUCGACUGUAUAGAUGACACAAAACUUGUAAAACAGAUAAUUCUGUCAGAGAUCAUCGGUGCCUUACCUAACUUGAUCAACAAUAAAUAUGGCAAGAAGGUUUUGGUGUAUUUAUUAAGUCCGAGGGACCCAGCACACAGCGUGCCAGAAAUGAUUAAACUUCUACAGCAAGGAGAUGGCAAUGCCCACAGUAAAAAAGAUACAAGCAUCCGCCAUCAUGAGUUGCUGGAGGUCAUCUCGCCAUGUUUGCUGCAAUACUUGCAGGAGAAUGCUCGUGAAAUGGUGAUGAAUAAGGCAACAAGUGUCAUUGUGGCAGAUAUUCUCGGUUGUGCCAUUGGUGAUGUGCAGCCUGCCUUAAAUGCUAUCGCUGAACUGGCUGCAGAAGAUUUUGUACCUGGAGGCAAUAAUGGUGAGCUGCAUAUAGCAGAGCACCCUGCAGGCCACCUGGUUCUUAAAUGGUUGAUAGAACAAGAUGAAAAGAUGAAAGAACUUGGAAAGUCAGAAUCCUUUGCAAGAACGUUGGUAGAAUAUGUUGGGAUUGAGAAUCUAAAGACCUGGGUGCAGGUAAACCGUGGAGCUAUUGUGCUUUGCUGUCUUCUUCAGAGUAAAGAUGAAGAUGCAGCCAGGAAAGUAAAAAAAGGCUUAAAGAGUCUCAUUCCAAAGUUAAAGAAGAUGGAAAAUGUGAAGGGUGUAGAAAUGUUGUUGGAGAAAAUGACUGCCUAGUGAAGACAGCAAACAAGAUUGCUCCUCAGUACAAACAACUCUGACUUGUUUAAUACUUUUAAAAUGUAAAGAAAUAAUAAUUUGUUCCUGUAACGUUUUUCAUACUGGGGUGGCAGCAGCUAUUUUUGAAUUCCUAUUGAUCUAAAAUACCAGGUGUCUCAGACAAGUUUCAUUCAGUAUUACACUCACCAUUCAGCAAGCAGUAGCUUUUUAGAGAGAAUGGCUAUUGGAAUAAUAACACAUCAACUAACUUACAAAAGGUCAUGAUUACAUUGUAGUUUACAUAAUACACAUAUAAAUUUGUAAUUGAAGGCACAAAUAGCUGAUUUCUAGGCUUCAACUCCUGGUAUUUCUUCAUUUGAGAGGAUUUGGAAAAAGCAGUUGGUGCGAGCAAAGUAAAAUAGUGUCUAUCGCUAUUAACGCCUUGAAUAUGAUCAUGUUUGUAAAAGUUUCUCAUUUUUUUAAUUGGAUACCAAGUUGUGCUUUUUAUGCAAAAAAUGUAACAUGCCAUUUACUUAAGUGCAAAAAGAAACAUUUCUGUAUUCCAACUGCAGUUUAUUAAUACCUUCUUGCUUUCUUGUAAUACAACUCACUUUCCAUUAUUUCUGUUUAUGCUCUCAAAUGUAACAAAUAAGCACACACAACUCCAAAAAGAAAAGUGGAAUUUCUUCUUGUCCCCUGAAAGAAUUGAAUGAAACCUUCACGUUCAUCCGUAUUUAUCAGUGGAAAUGACAUUUGCAGCUUCCAACAUCAUAUGACUUUCCAAACCAAUGUGUGAAAGGAAAUACACCAUUUCUAUUGAUGCUUAUGUAUAAUAGUUUGGAUUUUAACUAUUUUCCCUUAGGACCAUGUUAUUGAAUGCAAAGUUAAAUUCAGCUUGCAAAGGAUUAACUCCCAAAGAUAUACUAGUUAUUUAGAAUGUUGAUUGGAUGGAUCUUGAUCUGGAACAUGAUGUAGGUCAGUAUAGUCCUUGGUCUAUUCUUUUGCGCAAUAAAUUAAUGGAAGUUGAGCACACUGCAGCAGUUUUCGUCCUAACCCUAGGCUGUUUUUCAUUCGGUAUGACUGAAGGGAGUUUUGUUAAAUUCUAAGUACAGAUGCAGUGAUUUUCCACAGCAAGGGGUGUUUUUUGUUUCAAGUUAGUAACUGUUUGGCAGCUCGGGCUUAGUGGGGCAAUCCCUGAGGGGAUUCUGAGGCAAAGAGACAGUUGGAGACUCCUGACCCAAGCACAAAUGAACAAAGCACAACUGAACAAUGUAGGGUUUGCAUGGCAGCUAGUUUUGAGUGGAUUCUAGUUGGAAAGUGUAAAAUUGUGUAUUUUGUAUAGUUGGUAUGAAAUAAAUGUAUCUCUGGAAAAGUA